AUGAGUGUAGGAUUUGAUAAUAAUCUUUACGUCCAGAAGCAAGCUGAGAAUAUCAGAAAGAGGAUCAGCGAAUUUGGCAAUAAGUUAUACCUUGAAUUCGGUGGAAAAAUGUUUGAUGACUAUCAUGCCGCCAGAGUUCUUCCAGGUUUCGACCUCAACGCCAAAAUAAAGCUUCUUCAGGAAUUCAAAGACACUGCCGAAAUUGUUUUCUGCAUCAACGCAGCAGACAUCGAGAAGAAUAAGAUCAGAGCCGAUUUUGGCAUCACAUACGAAAACGAUGUUCUCAGACAGAUUGAUAACAUCAGAAAGAUGGAUCUUUAUGUCAGUUCCGUUGUUAUUACUCAAUACCGUGGACAAGUCAAUGCUGACACCUUCAGAAAGAAACUCGAACUUAAUGGAAUCAAGACCUACUUACAUUAUCCAAUCCCAGGAUACCCAACAGACAUCAAUUUAGUUGUCAGUGACCACGGUUACGGACUUAACGAUUAUAUUGUCACAACACGUCCAUUAGUUGUCGUUACAGCUCCAGGUCCAUGCUCUGGUAAGCUUGCUACAUGCCUUUCUCAGCUUUAUCAUGAAAAUAAGAGAGGCAUCGAUGCUGGAUACGCCAAGUUCGAAACAUUCCCAAUUUGGAACAUCCCACUCAAGCAUCCAGUUAACCUUGCUUACGAAGCAGCUACUGCUGAUCUUAAGGAUGUCAACAUGAUUGAUCCAUUCCAUCUUGAAGCUUACGGAAAGACAGCAAUCAACUACAAUCGCGAUGUCGAAGUCUUCCCAGUUCUUAAGAACAUCCUCCUCAAGAUCAAGGGCAGAGAAGUUUACAAAUCUCCAACAGAUAUGGGUGUAAACAUGGCUGGUUACGGUAUUGUCAACGAUGACAUUGUUAAGGAUGCUGCUAAACAAGAAAUCAUCCGCAGAUACUUCCAUGCUUCAUGCGAUUACAAAUUCGGCCGUGUUGAUCAAGAAACUGUUACAAGAAUUCAGUGCAUCAUGCAAGAGCUCGAUAUUACAGUUGACAAUAGACUUGUUGUUGAAGCUUCUCACCAAAGAGCAGAAGAAUCAAAGUCCCCAUCAAUGGCCAUCCAACUUAAAGACAAAGACCACACAAUAAUCACAGGAAGAACAUCUGAAUUGAUGGAUUGCUGCGCUGCAACACUCAUUAAUGCUAUCAAGCACCUUGCUGGUAUUUCCAUCGACAUCAAAUUACUUUCUCCAACUGUUUUGGAGCCAAUCCUUAAGACAAAGGGUCAACUCCAUGAAAAGACAACAUCACUCAACAUGAGCGAAGUUCUUAUCGCUCUCAGCGUUUGCAGUGUUACAAAUCCAAUCGCUGAAGCUUGCCUUUCAAAGGUUUUCGAACUCAAGGAUUGUGAAGUUCACACAACAACAAUUCCUUCACCAACAAACGCUGAAACAAUGAGAAAACUUGGUCUCAACGCUACAUCAGAUCCAAAGUUCGGAGAUUCAGAUCUUUACUUCCACUAA